AUGCAUGGUUUUAGUAAUGCAAACUAUUUUUUAACUAUAGCUUUUAUAUCUGUUGUUUCUUCAAUGUCGUUUUGAUGAAGAGAUGUUAUAUCAGAGGGUAAAAUGUUUUUCAAAAGUACUAUACUGUUUAUUGAUAAUUUGAAUAUAGCUAAAGCUAUCCCUAUCAAAGAUAUAGAGAAAGCUUUAAAUUUUUAUAAAGCUAAUAAUAACAAUUCUAUACUAGCUACAAAGAAUAAUUUAGGUCAUUAUUUAGCUGGCCUGUUAGAGGGAGACGGACAUAUAUCUAUUCCUGCUUUAGGUAAUACAACUUUAAACCGAGUACUUAACCCUAGAAUAGUUUUUACUUCACAUAUUAACAAUUUAGGUAUGUACGCCUUUAUCCAGUCAGAGUUAGGUAAUGUGGGACGUUUUCAAAUUACAGGUGAAAAUAUUCUUCGUUAUAUUAUUGGAGAUAAGGCUGGAAUUAUGCUUUUUAUUAACUUAAUACAUGGUAAACUUAGAACACCUAAGAACAAAAGAUUUAAUGAUCUAAUUAAAGUAUUUAACGCUAAAUAUUCUUUAGGCAUAUCAGAAAGUUUAUUAGAUAAUUCCUACUUUACAAACAAUAGUUGAUUUACAGGCUUUACGGAAGCUGAUGGACAUUUUGGUAUUAAAUAUGUCGAAAGCAAAGCUAAAUCAGAUACUCGUAAAAGGUCUGUUAGUAAAAAUAUUAGUCUAAAAUUUAGAUUAGAUCAGCGUUCAUAUGACAAGCCUACAUCUUCUUCUAUGAAACCUUUUAUGGAAAGUUUAGCUUUAUUUUUGUCUUGUAACCUUAAAAAUUAUACUAACAAUAAAGGUUCAGAAGCAUUAUCUCUAAGUGUAUUAUCUAUAGAUGGUGUAAAAUUUCUUAUUGAUUAUUUUAAUAAAUAUCCCUUGUUGGGUAAUAAGUCUAAUGAUUUUAAUAAAUGAGGGAUUGUCUACAAUAUGAUUAUAUCUAAGGAACAUCUUACUGAACAAGGUAAACUAAAGAUUAGAUCUUUGAUAGGAAAAUUGUAA